UGGCUGCGGACGAGAUCAGGACCGCAUUCCGAUCCGGGACCCGACGACGACGGCUACCUUGUGAGUUUUGGCCGCGCUCUCCGAGAAACGACGCACCUGGAAGAACGAGUCUCUGCGCUCCCACGUUCGACGUAUAACAUCGCCGCAUACCAGCCGCCGUGUAUACAUUGUAUACUAUAGCCGUCAGAGACCAUCGGUUGAAAUCGUCGCCGCCGCAGUCAUGUGCCGAGCAUCGUACCGUCAGCAUCCGAAAAUGGGUCCGAUGCCGAAAAACCGCAACAACAAUUCCUACGCCAACCGUCUCAACGACUUGAAACAAGCGUUGAAACCGUACAGGGACAACAAUGCCAACUGUCUGCGGCUGAUCACCAGGUCGGCCAGGGUGAACCUGAACAAGCACUGGAAGAGCCUGGAGAAUCUGUUCACGGCCGGGCACGAUCGCCGUGCACCAGACGUCAAGGAACGCGCCCAAAACGCGGCCAACGAGAUGCUGGAGAACGGCGAGAACGAAAGACCACCACCGGCGGCCUGCUCCAACCCGACGGCGGACGCGGUCGAAAAAUUGCGACACUUGCACAUGGACGACUGUUGACGACCCUCGACGACCGCGCACUUGGUUUGACGAUGGCGGGUGGGGGGAGGGGAAAUCGUAAAUCGUCCACCGCACAUAUAUACAUUUAUAUCGUAGGUAAUGGUAUACACAACAUUGUAAUGUUCAUAAUAUUAUGUGUACCACCUGUGCCCCAUGUCUUUCGUUGUUUUUUUCAAUAUCGUUGUAUUUUAUUUUAUAUUUUAUUUUACUUAACACUCGCACCAUCACGUUAUAUUUAUACAUGCACCAUUUCACGCACCGUUUUUUGCACUGGUUUUAAAUCACAUAAUCGCACCAACACGCACCACAUGCACACUAAUAUUAUACGCACUCAAUCACAUAAACAGCACUAUAAAUCAUUAAACAUAAUAUUUUAUGUGCACUAUACUACUAACAUAUUAUAUCACAUUAUUACACUCGUUAUAUUCAUGCACCACUAUUAACACUUCUCACAUUAUUAGAUUUUAAGGAAAUAUAUUAUUUAUUAAACAUUUUAUCGUCCGAAAAGGACACUGCACCACACCGCAGGAUGGUCCGGAUCGAUAUUAAUGUAUAUACUACUGCACUUUAGACUAUUAUGUACAUACAAUGAUAUUUUAUUAGUUUUAAGUUUGUCGGCCAAUAUAUAUAAAUAUUGGCGACAUCAGCUCAAAAGUCUUCCAAAAAUCUGAAUUUUUAUUCCUAAUUCGCACGUCUUACGACGUCGAUUAGAAGAAAUUAGAAUUUAGAAUAUUAGAAUGUUAAUUUGUAAAUACGUACCAAAUCUGUGAUUGUAUGGAAUUAAGGUUUUAUUUUUGUAUUUCACUUGCUACUAUUAUAAUUAUUACUAUCAUAUUAUUAUGAAAGUCUCACUCAUUAUUAUAUAAAUUACAUAAUUAUCGAGCCAUGAAAAAGUUUAGAUUAUUAAACUACCGAUGAUGUAUUUUUUAAACAUUUUUUUUGUUGUUAUUUAUAUUGUUAAAAGAAUAUUUGCUCAAAAAGGAACAGAGUCCAUCCAUAUAUUUAGUUUUUAAGCAAAAUGUAUUUUAAGAGAAAGCUUGGUGGCCACUGUCACCGAAACUAAUGUAAGAUCAAUAAAUAAAAACUAUUUAGAUAUAUUGUAAAGAAUUAUGACAAAUGAGUUUUGUGACAAUAUCUCUUAUAUUUCUACGUGUCUUGCAUUAUAAUGUACAUUAUGAAUUUAUAUACAAGAAUUGUUUUAAUUUUUAA